AUGGCGAUACUCGCCAUGGGCAGGCCGUUGUGGACGACUGAUGUCUCUGAACGCCGUGUCUGGAACACUGACCAAGCUCCGUUCCGGUUCUUUGUAGCAGGUCUGCUCUAUGCCGACGUCAUUUCCGGCUUCUCAUUAAUGACGGCUAUGUUUGCGAGACUAUCACGCAAAUUUGAUUUCUACCGAGGACGCUUUGGACGAUCCGGAGUGUGA